UCCCUUCUCCUUCCCUCUCUUCCUCCCCAAGUUUCUUCCCCAUAGGGUUUCCCGGAGCCCCAUGGUGGUCGACGGCGACGACGCGGGCUCCUGGUGUCGCCACGCGUUGAGUAAUCAUGCUCUCGUCGCCGACGUGCUCCUCAGCUUCCGUGACCCGCGGAUCCUGCUGAUCCCAUGGCAGCACCGCCUCGAUCCGGAUCGGACCACCGCGGCGGCCGGGUCGCUUCCUUCCUCUGAGCCCUCGGAUACGAAGACGGCGGACUCGGAGAAGGACGACGAGAGGCCGUCGUCCUCGUUGCCGCCGCCGCUACCUGCGGAGGAGUUUCCGGACUGGGGAAGGCGGAUCAGGCGGUCGUGGACCGUCAAGGCCUCGCGGAUCCGGGAGGCGACGUCGGGGAAGAGCAGGAGACGGCGGCGCCCGAGCCCGCUGUCAGCCCUGGAUGGCUGCAGCAGCGCGUCGACGAGCUGGACGAGCCGCGAUGGGGAGGAGGGGUCGAGUUCGCCGGAGAAGGCCGCGAAGACGCCCAGAUCUUUCGACGACGCCGCCCCCGGCUGUGGUCUUCCGUCCAAGGGGGAAGCGAUGCAACGGCUGACACUGGUUUUAAGAAUCCAGGGGGCCAUCGAUGACAAAUGUUGUGAGUCUAAUCCAUUUAUUCUUCAUCUUUCGUCAUGGUGGUAGUGGUGGAGUUGGGGUGCCAUUGGGGUUCGGAGGGCAGGCGAAAGCCGAGCUUCACGCCGUGGAGAAAUCUUUGCUGGAAGAGAAAGACGCAAGAUUCUAACAGUGAGUCUACUCUUACAUUGGGAUGGUCUUUUACUGAUCCAGUAGGCGCGGUGUGGACUGGUGGUUGUGGUAUUCUAACGAGUAGGAGUGGGAGGAUUUGAGAAGGGCUGCUGAGGAGCUGAAAGCGGUGAAUCGGCAGCUGCUGGUGAUUACAUCAUCCCUACCUUCCCCAACCUCCCUUCUCCUCCAUCUUGUUUCCAACAAUGAUUUCACCGGAUAGAGAAACAUAUGGUCACUCUCCCAUGCUAAAUCUCAUAUAUGAAACAAACAUAUAAGAACUGGGGACUCUGUACGUGGUAGUCGAUUUCAAGCUGGACCAAACCUUAUCUCUCAGUUACAUAACACAGAUGAAAAGCAUAGUUGUACAAACUGAAGAGAUGCUUAUAUUUCAUAUGUUUUGUAAAAGUCUUACCAGCUAGAAACAUUUCACAACAUAGAUUUCCUGUUCAUACAACGCAUGAUAUAAUUGGCAGUAUUAUGUUCUUUAUUUAAACGCACAAGGCAUUACUAAUGUUGCAUAUGUGUAGACGAGACCCAUUAUGAUAUGUGGGAAGAGAAGGAUUUCUUUCUAGCCUUUAUUUGGUUUAAUUCUGUCUUUUGUGUUUCGAGAGAGUACCUCUGGAUUUGAUCUGCUUAUAAUUGACAGAUUUUAGCAAUUUCC